CCAUCGAUUAACAAGCCAAAGCCACGGGUGACAGACAUUAAGUGCAUCCAAGUGGAGAGGAUCUUUUUGUCCAAGAUGCUGAAGUCUAUUGUGAUCUCGCUCCUAGUCUACGGCGUCGCAGUGAGCGGCAGCCAAGAUUCUGCCGCGGAUGUUGUUCGAGAUAUCUACAGAAGUUGCCUUAGUGAGUGGUCGACGGAUUGUGUGAAGCCCAAGUCGCUGUCUUGGCUGAAAGAAGUGGCACAAAAAGAUGUGAUUCGACUCACGGAUGAACUUGCUCUUGUGCGCACCGCGGAUGCUGAACCAGAGGCUGAGGGAAAAGCUCUACCACGAGAAAUUAGAGCUUUCGACAAGAUCGAUGAAUUCCUCUCAACACAUGCUCUUCGCAUCGAACCGCCCAAGAUUCUGCAAGAUAAAUCCGUGAGGAAGCUCAUACCAAAGUCUCUUCUCAAAGGUGGUCUCACCGAGACGACUCAAGUGCCACUCUCAGAGGGAAAAGUUGCUGAAGGUCGUAGCUUUGUGAAGAAAGUCAUGAUACCCUUCUUGCUUGGGCUAAAGAUUAAAACUUUUGGCUUAGUGCCCCUCGCCUUAGCCCUCAUCGCUCUCAAGACAUGGAAAGCCAUGACACUUGGGCUACUCUCCCUCGUUGUUGCUGGAGCCAUCGUGAUCUUCAGGCUAGCCAAACCAAAGGUAGUGAAUUACGAGGUGGUUCACUAUCCUCAUCAUCAUCAUGUUGAACAUCACGUGGAACAUCCUCAUCAUGUGCAAUGGGAACCUCCUCAGGGCUGGAGUCGCCAGAUGGAUGCUCAGGAAAUGGCAUAUUCCAGCUACUUGUAA